UCCGCGCAGGGGCGGCGGGCGCCGCCGCUGCUUACCGGCUAUGGAGCACCGCAUCGUGGGGCCCGGCCCGUACCGGGCCACCAAGCUGUGGAAUGAAACAGUCGAGCUUUUUCGCGCUAGGAUGCCCUUACGGAAACAUCGCUGCCGUUUCAAAAGUUACGAACGCUGCUUCACGGCGGCAGAAGCCGUGGAUUGGCUGCAUGAGCUGUUGAGAUGCAAUCAGAACUUUGGCCCCGAGGUGACCCGCAAGCAAACGGUCCAGCUGCUGAAAAAAUUCCUCAAGAAUCAUGUUAUUGAAGACAUCAAGGGAAAAUGGGGUCAGGAAGAUUUUGAAGACAAUCGUCACUUGUACAGAUUUCCUCCUUCUUCACCCCUGAAACCAUAUCCAAAGAAGCCUACUUACCCAAAGGAUGUUAUAAAGUUUCCGGAGUGGAAUGACCCCCCACCAGGGACGUCACAAGAAAACAUCCCGGUGAGGCCAGUUGUGAUGAACUCUGAGAUGUGGUACAAGCGUCACAGUAUUGCUAUCGGAGAGGUGCCGGCCUGCCGUCUGGUCUACCGCAGACAGCUGACGGAGUCCAAUGUAGAAGAUAUAUGGAAGUCUAUGACAUUAUCAUAUUUACAGAAAGUUCUUGGUCUGGAUUCUUUGGAAGAAGUCCUAGAUAGUAAACUGGUCAACUCCAAGUUCAUCAUCCAUAAUGUAUAUAGCGUGAGCAAGCAGGGAGUUGUCAUCCUUGAUGACAAGUCAAAAGAACUUCCUCAUUGGGUACUGUCAGCUAUGAAGUGUUUGGCAAAUUGGCCUAACUGUUCAGAUAUGAAGCAGCCUAUGUAUUUAGGAUUUGAAAAAGAUGUCUUUAAAACUAUAGCAGAUUACUAUGGUCACUUGAAAGAGCCUCUGCUUACGUUUCAUCUUUUUGAUGCCUUUGUCAGUGUAUUAGGUUUGUUACAGAAAGAGAAAAUGGCUAUUGAAGCAUUUCAGGUUUGCUGCCUCCUCCUGCCACCUGAAAACAGGAGAAAGUUACAGCUGUUGAUGAGGAUGAUGGCAAGAAUCUGCCUAAAUAAGGAGAUGCCAGUCCUGUGUGAUGGUCUGGGUACCCGAACACUGAUGGUUCAGACAUUUUCCCGCUGCAUCUUGUGUUCCAAGGACGAAGUAGACUUGGAUGAGUUAUUAGCUGCAAGGUUGGUGACGUUUCUGAUGGACAAUUACCAAGAGAUUUUGAAAGUCCCUUCGGCCUUGCAGACCUCCAUAGAGGAACGUGUGGCUCAUCUACGAAGAGUCCAGAUAAAAUACCCAGGAGCUGAUAUGGAUAUCACUUUAUCUGCUCCAUCAUUUUGCCGUCAGAUCAGUCCAGAGGAAUUUGAAUACCAGAGAGCAUAUGGCUCUCAGGAACCUCUGGCAGCCUUGUUGGAAGAAGUCAUAACAGAUGCCAAACUCUCCAGCAAAGAGAAGAAGAAAAAACUGAAGCAGUUUCAAAAAUCCUAUCCCGAAGUCUACCAAGAACGAUUUCCUACACCAGAAAGUGAAGCACUUCUGUUUCCUGAAAAACCGAAACCGAAACCGAAACCACAGCUGCUAAUGUGGGCACUAAAAAACCCUUUCCAACCAUUUCAAAGAACUAGAAGUUUUCGAAUGUAGUACUUAGCUGUUGCUGUUGCCUUGAGCAAAUUGGUGGUUACAGGAGGACUAUGGCGGUGGAAGAAAGAAGAGCAGUAAAUAUAGACUACUGAAAUACAAAGUUACCGGACUUCCAAAAAUGUUGAGCCAUUAUCAGUAUUUUUGUAAAACUCAGUGCUAGUUUUAAAGUGUACAAAUCACUUAAAAGUUUGGACAAAUGUAUAGUGGUAUGGUUAAUGUGCGUGUUUGUGAUUGUUACAAAAUUUGUGGGUAUUUUCAUUUUUUUAUUUGUUGUCUUUCAUGGUGUUAAUAAAAUAAUUGUACAUUUCAGUUACUGAUGUCAUUGUUCUAACCAAGUCUCAAAAAUAGUGUAUGUACUUGAAUAAGAGAGACACUGGGUAUUGCUACUGUGAUGCUAUUGAGUUCCUAGCUUAUGGUUGUGACUUCUCUUCAUGUAAAAUCUGGUUUUCAUUCUUGUACAGAGAUUCUUAAGGCCCUAUAUUAUGAUGGCUGUGUCUUUUAUUGCAGAUUCGUUGGAUAUUAUGACAGAUUUAACUAAAGCUGGUUCUUUUAUUACAAAUAUAUUAACUGGUGUUUACCUAUAAUGGACUUGAUUUUCAUUUACCUGCAGUGGUAUAAUUUCAGCCUUGGCUGAAAAAUUGAACUAAGUAAACCUUUUGGAUACCCUUGUACCUGUGAUUGUGAAUCAGGACGUUGUUGUUUCAUAAAAAAUACAAAUGGGUUAAGUAAAACAAGACUGCUUCCUUUAUAUUUCCCCCAGCUUCCUCAGCCAUUUGAAAGUAAAUGGAAUGUAAAUAAA